AUGAGGAUAUAUUUAAUAAUUCACAUUGUAUACGGUAUCAUUACAUAUGAUUCCAAUACUCUUAAUUAGUUUGCUUAUUAGUAUAGUGGAGGAAGUUCUUGUCAUUCACCUUAACAACAUAUAAAAACAGUUUAUUUCUCUGACACAUUUGCAAGACCUCCAAAAAUCAUUUUAUAAACUGAAAUGUUUGAUUUGGCUUGUCCAAAAGUCAAUUUCACGCUUCAGAUUACGACUGUUACAACAGAUUGUAUUAAUUAUCCAAAUAUUAGAUUUUAUAAUACAAAGGGAAUGCUCUUAUUCAAUCGUUCAUGGUAUUGUAAUUAAAUGGUAAGCAAUAGAUGAUGAAAGAAUUUAAGUUAUAAAUGAGUUUAACAUGAUUUCAUUCAAAAAUAAAACAUAUUCUCACAUUAACCCUAAUGUAGAAGAAGCGCUAAUCUCUUUGAUUAAUUUUUCCUACAAAGGUUCUAUUUAAUUCGAUAUCCUGGUAUUUAUUUAGAGAUAUUAAUUUAGAUUGCUGAAUUAACAACAUCAAAUGUAUCUGUUGUAAUAACUAAUCCAAGCAAUAAAUUAUAAAAUCUUUUAGUGUUGGGAUAUUAAGUAAUUUUAGGAGUCAAAGAAGCCAUUUCUCAAUUUAGUACGAUCAAUACUACUGCUGUUUACACAAGUCCUCAUUAUAAUUUUAAAGAUUCUUCUUUGUUGAUUACACCUUUCAUUGGGAUUUCUUAUGAUUUAACAGAUAACGUUAGACUUAAUAAAACAUAUUACACAAACUAAUAGGCAAUAUGGUAUCAGAUACAUACAUUAUUAAGUACAACUAAUUCAUAUGAUUUUAGAUGGGCAGUAUUAUACCGCACAAAACCAUAAGCCAGCAUGGCUCAAGUAUUAAUUUACAACCAUCUAUACAGCAUUAGAGUGUAGAACACUAAGAAUUACAUAGAUAAAAGAAAAACAAGCAGAUUUUAGAAAUCCCUUUGAAGUUGAAAUUUUAGAAACUACCCAAAUAUUCAAUACUCAAGAUACAUUUUCUAUAAUUCUUGAUAAAAGUCAUGAAUUAAUUAACAUAAAGAUUUAUGCAAAAUGCUUUACGAAUAAAUCUAUUUAAAGUUAUUUAAAUAAAUGUAAUGAAUGUUUACAAAGUUAAUAACACUAGUUUAAGCAUAAUUGCUACGGGGCUAUCAAUACAAUUAAUUUCUCAAUUAAACUAUUCCCAACAACUUAGGCACAUUAAGAAUUGAUAAUUAUAAUAUCAAAUCUUGGUUGUAAAGUGUAUUAAGUAUUAUACAAUUAUGAGAAAAGUGAAGUCAAACUCAUAGAUAUCAAACAAAUUGGCACUUAAUUAUGA